AUGCCGAUCCUAUACGCGCGAGUUGGACUUCGGAUGCCUUGCUCUACUCGAUGCUCUAUUUGAAAGCGGGCUAGAUGCAAAGGUCAAGUUUAUGAUCAAUUGAAACCAGCAAAGUAUAUAGGUCACAUAAACAUAUCGUCUGACACAGCGAGGACUCCAUUUGCUUCAUGCUAUACAAACUCUAUAUGCGGGCCUAUACGAUACAAUAUUUACAUGGAUUGGUCAACUGUAUAAUAGACUCUAUCCCAUUUUUUUUCUAGCUAGAGUUUCCCCAACAGUGCUAUAAUGAUAUCCUGUUAAUUCAAAGCUAAUCGUCUGUAUCAGUAUAUAAUUCAUAUAUUUGAAUUGACGGACCCACACGUCGUAAUCUUCUCAGUACCAUCGCCAAGUUAUCAUUGGAUCUGAGUUGCUAUCUACCUUCAGGAGGUAAUAAUUCGGAAUAUAUCUCGCAAAAUGAGAUAUUUACAUAUGCAAUUCAUUGAAUAAUGGCCAAGGUUGCACUUAUUACCGGUUCUACGAGUGGAAUAGGCCUUGGUAUUGCACGGGCACUGGCAAGCAAGGGUCGUUCCAUUCUCCUUACAGGGUUCGGCAGUGAAGAGCUUAUUGAAAAACACAGGACUGAAAUAGAAAGUACCUACAAUGUUCCCGCCACUUACCUAUCUGGAGACCUAUCACGUGAUGAUGACGUCAUAGGUAUAUGCAACAAGAUACACUCUCAGUAUCCAGGAGGAGUUGAUAUAUUAGUCAAUAAUGCAGGUUUUCAAUUCGUAAGUCGGGUAGAAGAAUUCCCGCUCGAUAAAUGGACCAACAUGAUGUCUGUGAUGCUCACUGCUCCAUUCCUUCUCACUCAAAACCUCCUACCGGGCAUGAGAACGAAAAGAUGGGGUCGUAUUAUCAAUAUUUCUUCAGUGCAUGGUCACGUGGCUUCUCUCAACAAAGCAGCUUACGUCACAGCUAAACAUGGCAUUCAGGGAUUUACAAAGGUGGUUGCCUUGGAAACGGCAAGGUCAGGGGUCACGUGCAAUGCCUUAUGUCCCGGAUGGGUCCAAACAGAACUUUUUGAAAAGCAAGUAGAUGAAAUAUCGGGACAGGGAGGGAUAUCCUGGCAAGAUGCGAAGGAGGUUCUGUUGGAGAAGCAUCCGUCUAAAGAAUGUACCACUAUGGAGCAAGUGGGGGAAGCGGUCAAUUUCAUCUGUUCAUCGGCUUGUGACAACAUGACUGGGUCAUCAAUGGUUCUAGAUGGUGGAUGGACUGCGGUCUAAAUUAGCAGGAGGUCGUGCUAAUGGAGCUUGAAAUAGACUCUUGAUAACUACACUGAAAUAUAUAUAUUUAAUAGCAAUCUCUUAAGUUGCCUGCGAUAACGUGACUGGAUCAUUGUUCUUGAUGGAAGAUGGGCCGCUGCCUAAACUAUAGCUACGGGACCCAUGGAUCACUAGGUCUUGAUCAUUGAGUUUUAUCUAGAGACUCUUAAAGGAGAAUGAAACCCUUGAAACCAACUGAAUCCAUAUCAAAGAGAAAAAUCAAAGAAACAUAUUGUUGAAAGUUUGAGGAAGAUUGAAUAAAUAAUAAGAAAUUUAUGAGCAUUUGAAUAUUGAGAUCACUAAUGCCAUCUAGAUCCUCCAAUUGGCAAUGCGACCAAGAUCUGUGAUGUCACACACGUACAACUCCCUCAUUACUUUAGUACUUAUUUCACUUGUAUUCUCACUUUUAUAGAGUCUAUCACAAGGUGAGGUGUUCUCUUUAUGAGAGGACAAGUAUAGAGGUUUCACAACAUUAUAUCAUUGAUGAAUCGUUUGUCAUAUAUGAUUAGAAUGAGCAAAAAGAGAUGUUUUGGGGUAUAUUUUCAGUGUCCAAAAGGGGAGAGUUGUUCAUCUGUGACAUCAUAGAUCUUGGUCGCAUUGCCAAUGGGAGGAUCUCCAUAGCAUAAGUGAUCUCGACAUUCAAAUGCUCAUAACUCUUCUAUUGCUAGUCCUAUUUUACUCAAACUUUUGUUGAUCUUAUUCUUUGAUUUUUUUGCUUUCACAAAAGCUAACUUGCUCCAAGAGUUUCAUUCUCCUUUAAUGACUGAACUAAAAUGUGUUUAAUCGAAAAUCUAUAUGCUCAUAAUGCUUGUGAUAAGUUGAGUAGAGUUUGUAAUUGGUUCGUGAUAGAGGACUAACCUUUUUAAUAUAUUUUCUGUAAUAAUUAUAAUAUUUAGAAAAUAAUAUCAUACUUCACCCCUUUCGGGGGCAGCGGAACCGGAGGGGCUGGGGGCUUCAGCCCCCACUUUUUUUUUCCAAAAUCGUGUACAAAAAGGUAAAAAAAUGACCACCUUAUUGUGAAUUUUUGCACGGUCACCCUACCCCCACUUUCAAAAUCGUUCCGCGGCCCCUGCUUUUUCGUUCUUUUGUUUUUAUUCCUGCUCGUCUUGGUGUUGAAAAUUUUAGGGGUCUAUGCGGCUCCUCAAGCCCCUCCCCCUCCAUCUAUACACCAGUGAGUGGAAGGGGGGGGGGGCAAAUUUGCUAAGUACUGCUCGUAAAGCUCGUGUCAUAAUUAUAGGUCUAGUUUUUUUUAUACCCACCCCCCCCCCCCCCAAUAUGGUGUUGAAGACCUUUUUUGCUUGUCAAUUUUUUUUGGGGUAGGAAACGACCUAAAAUUUUUGCUAAAGACCUUUUUUUGGGGGGGGGGGUUGUCAAAAUUUUAUUCAGCUUGAACCCCCCCCCCUUCAAAAAUCCUGCGUACGGUACGCUACUGAUCAAAGCCAGAACGUUAAGAGUAUAUCAUGAAAUAAAUGAAAUAUGCGAUAAAAACUAUAUAUUUGAGGAGUACAACUUAAAGUUGAUAUGUAAAGAAAUAGAAAAUAA